CAUGGCACCUUUCAGAACGCUUGCCGUUCAAUUUAACAAUUUAAUAAAUGUGAAACAAGCAUUCAGAAUUAGUUCUUGUGAAAGAUUUUACAGCGUGUUUCCGAAACAAUAUGUUCAGCCAGUGUUUGAAAAAAAUGUACAGGCAGAAAUGGAAAAAGCUGGAGAGUUACAAGAGAUCAAACAUUUGCCAAUCAAACCUGCAUUUACACCACAUACUUCUUCUGAAUUCUAUGACCCUAUUGUAAAUCAAUUCAUAAACUAUUUGACAAAAGAAGGAAACAAAAAGCGUGCUAGAGAAAUACUCAAAAAAGCGUUUGAGAUCAUAAAAAGAGCUCAAAUUCAAACUUUUCACAAAGCGGAUCCAGAGAAACAGAAUGAAAUUGAACUUGAUCCUAAAGUCAUACUGUACAAAGCUAUUGAAAAUUGCUCUCCUGUAUUGGAACUCGCAAGAAUAAAACGAGGUGGUAUCACCUACCAGGUACCUGUACCACUUACUAAUAAAAGAUCAAAAUUUUUAGCCAUGAAAUGGUUAAUUCAAUCUGCAGAUGAAAAAGAAAUGACUGUCAAAAUAUGGGAAAAAUUAGCUUAUGAAUUGAUUGAUGCUCACAAAAAUAUGGGAAGAGUAGUAAGAAAGAAACAAGAAUUGUACAGGCAAUGCGAAGCAAAUAGAUCUUUUGCACACUUUAGGUGGACAUAAUUUUUAUUAGUUAUUGUUAUAAGUUUAAGAUACUACUAAGGAUUUGUAUAUUGUUACUAUUAAAUAAAGAA